CAAAAUGCAACCAAAAUUUUCAGUCUGUUCUUCAUUCAAAUUUGCUCUCAUUUUUUCUCUGCAUUAAUAUUCUUAUUUCCUUCUAUUUUACUUAGCUACCAUGCCUGCCGGAGGGUUCUCCACAACGCCGGGUGGCGUCGAGUUCGAGGCCAAAGUCACUCCCAUCGUCAUCAUUUCUUGUAUAAUGGCUGCCACUGGAGGCCUCAUGUUCGGUUACGACGUUGGUGUUUCUGGUGGGGUAACGUCGAUGCCAUCAUUUUUGAAAAAAUUCUUCCCGGUGGUUCAUCGGAGAAUCGAAGAAGGCGGCGACAGUAACUAUUGCAAAUACGAUAAUCAAGGCCUUCAACUAUUUACAUCAUCCUUAUAUCUCGCCGGAUUAACCGCCACCUUCUUCGCCUCCUAUACCACGCGCCGCCUGGGCCGCCGCCCCACCAUGUUGAUCGCCGGUAUAUUUUUCAUACUCGGCACCGUCCUCAACGCCGCCGCACAAAACAUCGAAAUGCUUAUCAUUGGUCGAAUCUUACUUGGUUGUGGUGUCGGUUUCGCCAAUCAGGCAGUACCACUAUUUCUAUCGGAAAUUGCACCAACGAGAAUACGUGGCGGACUUAAUAUAUUAUUCCAACUUAAUGUCACUAUUGGUAUCCUUUUCGCCAGUCUCAUCAACUACGGAACUGCCAAAAUCAAAGAUGGAUGGGGAUGGAGACUAUCAUUAGGAUUAGCCGGAGUUCCCGCCGGUUUACUCACAAUCGGAGCUCUAUUAGUAGUGGAAACCCCAAACAGUUUGAUCGAACGAGGUCGUUUAGAAGAAGGAAAAGCCAUUCUAAGAAAAAUCAGAGGAACCGAAAAUAUCGAACCGGAGUUUCUAGAAUUGGUCGAGGCGAGCCGGAUCGCAAAAGAAGUGAAACACCCCUUUAGAAACUUGCUCAAGCGGCGGAACCAACCGCAGCUCAUCAUCGCCGUCGCACUCCAGAUCUUCCAGCAACUCACCGGAAUUAAUGCCAUUAUGUUCUACGCCCCGGUGUUGUUUAAUACUUUGGGUUUUAAGACCGACGCCGCCCUUUACUCCGCCGUCAUCACCGGAGCUGUUAACGUUGUUUCUACUGUUGUAUCGAUCUACUCUGUUGAUAAGCUUGGUCGUCGCAUUCUUUUGCUUGAAGCCGGCGUUCAGAUGUUCAUUUCUCAGGUUGUGAUCGCAGUAAUCUUGGGAAUCAAAGUGAAAGAUGAUACGAACAAUCUCCACAAUGCACUAGCCAUAGUUGUGGUGGUAAUGGUUUGCACAUUUGUGUCUUCCUUCGCUUGGUCAUGGGGUCCUUUGGGAUGGCUAAUACCAAGUGAAACCUUCCCUUUAGAAACUCGAUCGGCGGGGCAGAGUAUCACUGUUUGCGUCAAUCUCCUUUUCACUUUCGCCAUUGCUCAAGCCUUCCUCUCCAUGCUUUGUCACUUCAAGUUUGGCAUCUUCCUCUUCUUCUCUGGUUGGGUUCUCGUCAUGUCUGUCUUUGUUUUAUUUUUACUGCCAGAGACCAAGAACGUUCCUAUUGAAGAGAUGACCGAGAGGGUCUGGAAGCAACAUUGGCUCUGGAAGAGGUUUAUGGACUACGACGACAAGGAUCAAGAUCGUCAUCGUCAUGCAGAGGAAACUGUAAAGCCGAUUGGAUCAGUGAAGAAUGGAAUGAGUAAUGGUAAUGGGUUCAAUUCAGUUUCAUAUCAGUUAUAAAUUAAGAUUUUGGAAGCAACAAUACCUAUCUACUAGUCGGGUUAAAACAACAAGCUAAUGAAAAAGAUUGUCACACGGUAAAUUGUGAUUUGGCCACAAAGCUGGACUGGAAAAAGUAAAUGCAACUCGACCAACUGACAACUAGUUUUUUUUUUUUUUUUUUUGGAAUAUGUGAAUUGGUUGGUUAGUUAGUUAUAUUAGUUAGUUGGAGCUCAAUAUGUUUGUUGUUAGUUAUUGUUAUUUUGUUUAAUUUACCUUUUGUUCAAAUUAUUUUUAUUGUGGGAAACAAAAAACAGAAAAAGCAAUUUAACUUUGGAAAUUUUAUGCUGUUUUGAAAGUAAUCGAAGUGGCAGAGCUUGUAUUUUGCUCUCUUUAAAUUUUAUUCAUGUUUACAUUUGUUUUAUUAUUAGUUUUGUUUUUCUGUAAAUAUAUUUAUUGUUUUUGUUUGGUUUGAUA